CUCUUCUUUAAAUUUGAUAUUUCUACUUUUCAAUUCUAUUUAAUUUCAACACUAUAAAUCAAAACGAAAAAAGUAUUUUUUUUUUUUUUGAAAAUGUCUAAAAAUGCAUCAGUAAAAAGUGCAUAAUAGAGAAGUAGUUCUUCUAAACAUAAGCUUCAAUUUAGAAUUUAUUACAAAAAUAAUUUCAAAGAUGUCAAUUAAAUAGCUUUAGAAUCUUAAAAUAAUAUAAACGUAAUUUAAAAUUUACCUGCUAAUCCCACUGAUUUCGGAUUAAGAGAACAUUAUACUUUUGAAAAUUUUGAAACGAAUGAGGAAUUAGCUUCAUAAUAAGAAGAAGUGGCAGCAUAUAUACCAAAAAAAGAGAUAGACUAUUCUAUUUUACCUUAAUAUUAAGAAAUCUAAUAAAGCUCACCUAAACUAUUGCCUAUGGCUCCUACGUUUGAAAAAAGUACAAGAUUAAAGCAAGAAAGAAUUUUAUAGGAUCAUUUUUAGUAAGUAGUUGAUCAAACAGAAUAAGCAUUCGAUGAAUGCUUCAGUAAAUUCGAAAAGAAUGUUAAUGUGGUAAUGUUUGGAAUAAACCCAACAGAAGUAUAAAUGAAUAAUUAAAGGUAAACUAAAUUUCAAUCAAAUAAUAGGCCUCGCACUUACUAGUAAAAUAGAACUAAAAAAUAUUAAGAUCUUACAUAAAAGUGUAAAGCUGAUAAUGAAAAUAGCACAAUUGAUUUAGUUGAAGAAAAUUUAAAAGAUAACAAAAGACCUGUCACAGCAAUUACUUAUCAUUCUAAAUUUUAAAAGCAAGCAAGAUCUUUAUCGCCUGCUAAAAAUGAAAAUAACCAAGAGAGUCAACCUGAGAAAUAAAACGAAAUUUUUCAAAAAUGGGCUCAUUUUUUAAAUUAAUCUGAUAAGAACAUUUAAAAAUAUGAAAAAAUAUACUUUGAAAAUGCAUGUUUAAAAAAAUCGCCUGUUAAUUCAAACUUUACGCUUCCAACUGCUGAAGGAACUUCAAAUAAAUUUUAUUAAACUAACACAACAAACUGGACUUAAGCUAAAGACUCUGUAAGUAAUAAAUAAGCUAUAGCAAGAAGCCUAUCAAGCAGAUUAUCUUAACAAACCUAAAAUAAAAUUCAAUCUCAAAAUGAAAUAAUAGAGCUCCAUAAAAUAUUCAACUUACUUAAAAAGGAAAUGGAAUAAGGUUUAGAAUAAUUUAAUAUUAAGCUACCAUUUCUAAGUGGAAAAAUAAUGGAAAUGUUUUCAUAAAACAUAAAUUUUUAGCAUAAAGAUAUAAUAGAAGACUUAAAUACAGUUACUCAACACUAUAUGUAUUUAUUAGAUAAAUAAUUAGCAGCUAAAGUUGAAAAUUUUCUGGAUAUAAAUACAAGCUCUAAGAAAUAUUUGUAUAGAGAAAUAUGUGAUUUGCAAUCAGAAAAACUCACUCAAAUUUAAACUGAAAAGAAUAAAAAUGAAAAGCUAAAUUAAUAAAAGUAAAAUGAUUUAGAAAAAUAAGUUUAAAAGCUACUGAAUGAUAUGUAAAAAUAAAAGGAAGAUUAUUGCUAAUAAAUAUUUUAGUUGAAGGAAAACAACUAGAAAAAAUACGAAGAACUAUUUGAAAAACAUGAAAAGUUGAAAAAUGAAAAUAUUUUACUAUCAGAUAAUGUGAGAUAGUUAAAAAGAGAUUUAAUACAGCAAGAAUCAGAUAUGAAAUAUUACUAAGUGUAAUCUACGAAUUAAUUUGAAUCAAAGAUUAGAGAUUUACUUGAAAAGUACAAUAAUUUAGAAAACACAUCCACAAAAAAUGAUCGAUACUACUCUGAUUAAUUUGAAUGUAUGAAUGAGUUAGUUAGUAACCACUAAUCAGCUAUCGUAAAACUUAGACUUAGUAAAGAAACAAUAAGCCAAUAAGCAAUUAAAAUAGAGUAGCUUCUCAACGAGAUACAAAGGUUGAAUGUAAGAGCUGCUACACAAUUCCAUGAUUUUACUCCUCGUCCAAGCUUUAGUGAUCUAGAAGAUAUAUGUAAAUAAAUACAAAACCCUCAAUUAUAGUAACAAUAAGAAUAAAAGGAAUAAAUUCAAGUCAUAAAGUUUUAUGAUUUAGAUUCUUCUUCAAGGAUGAAAAAGAUUUCAUAAAUAAUUAAAUAAGCAAUUAGUGAAUAUUAAAAUAUUAUUACAAGGCUUAAUUUGAAAAAUGAUUUAUAAUUACUUUAGAAUAAAAAAUAAGUUAAGCCAUCUACUCGAUAAAGUAAAUUAAUAACUGUAGACUAAAAAUCAAAGAAUAAAUCAAAAUAAUUAUCAGCAUUUCUCCCAAUAAAUGAAGAACCAAAAAAGAAAAAAGCAUCAAAAAAGAAUAAAUUUGAGUAAUAAUUAUAGAAAAUUUAAAGAGAUUCUAUAAGACAAAGUGAGUUAAACAUAUCAGAUAAUUUAUCACUAAAUAGUGAAGAUAAGUAAGCUUUACAAAAGUAGUCUAUAGAUGAAUACGAAGACACCUUUAAUGAUUUAUGA